AACCGACUCCAGACCAGGACCUGUGAGGACUCUCUCAGGGGAUCCCAGAUGCUCAUCAGAGAUAGCGGCUGCACCCAGUAACAGCACUGAUAAGCUACGGGGACAAAAAUCAAUGCACCUGGAAAAUCUGAGCUCACCACUUUUUGCUAUCAUGGAAGAAGAAGUUGAGAUAGAGGAGAAGAAAGACUGGAAGGAGCUGGAACCGAACUACCCCGUCAAAAUCUUCCUGACGGUGUUUUACAGCCUCAUCCUGGUGAUAGGUAUCGUUGGUAAUUCGGUGACCAUCAGAGUGACACAGUUGCUGAAGAGGAACGGCUACCUGCAGAAAAAUGUGACCAACCACAUGGUGAGCCUGGCGUGCUCGGACUUGCUGGUGCUCCUCAUCGGCAUGCCGGUGGAGCUCUACAGCGCCAUCUGGAACCCGUUCACCACUGAAUCAGGCGACGCGUCCUGCAAGAUCUACAACUUCUUAUUUGAGGCUUGCAGCUACGCCACCAUCCUCAAUGUGGCCACGCUUAGCUUCGAGCGCUACGCUGCUAUCUGCCACCCGUUUCGCUACAAAGCCUUUGGGGGGAAACGCACCUCGGGCCUCAUCGCCUUCGCCUGGCUGGUGUCCGUCCUCGUGGCACUCCCGCUGCUGAUCGCCACAGGAAUGGAGGGCCACAUCCCCUACCGGUCUGAAAUACCCGAUCAAAAUCUGACUUUCUGCACCAACCUGAGGGAGUACUGGCCGAUGUACCAGGCCAGCAUCUUUGUGGCUUUCGCCAUCUACAUGAUUGUGUUGGUCAGCGUGGGUUUCAUGUGCCGGGCGAUGAUCCUGGUCCUGAGGAAACCAAUGGUCUCUACGGACAGCAGCGUCAACGGGACCCAAAGAGCGCCCAAGCACGAGAGCACAAAUAUGAAGAUGGCGAGGAAGCAGACCAUCAUUUUUCUUGGUCUCAUCGUAGGAUCCUUGAUGGUGUGCUGGCUUCCCAACCAGAUCCGUCGUCUCAUGUUGGCCGCCGUGCCCAAAUCCAAGUGGACUACUGUCUUCUUCCGGAGCUACAUCGCCCUCCAUCCUGUGGCCGACAGCUUCUUCUAUCUCAGCUCGGUCAUCAACCCAUUCCUUUACAACCUGUCCUCCCGGCAGUUUAGGGAGGUUUUUAUCCAGGUGCUGCGGUGUCGCCUCACCAUCGAACAUGUCAACAAGCGGACUGUGAGGAGCACCCCCGCUGGGUCUGCACGCUCCCUCCGACCCUUGCUGUUUAAGUCGUUGCGUCGCGGCCGGAACGACCAAUCCACCAUCGCAAAAGAUACAACUCCUCCCACCUUCACAACGUUUCAGAGUCAAAGUGACUCAGGAGUGGCUUCAAAUUCUCUCAGCCUGACAGAAGAAACUGAAUUAUCUCACAAAGGAAAGACAGACGCAUCAUCAGAGACUGAAGUAUAAUGUGCUGUACAAUUUAAUGCCACACAGUAAACAGUAAAACAAACAUGGCGGAAAUAGAUUUUUUUUCCCAAGGACGCUUGUGCUGUGCCAUCUGCAACAAAUAUAGAGAUAUUCCUUAUACACAGUACACACAGUACAAAGAGUUAGGUUAGAAAUUUCCAUGACAAAUCACGCUCAGCUGACAAUUUGGCACGAUAGAGAAAGCUCGAUGGGACUUUUCAGAGGGACACUUUCAGAACAUGAUUAUACAAAAGCUCAAAUAUUCAGUUAAACGUGAAGCUCAAGUGAAAGUUAAAGGUACCCAGUGGAGUUUGUGACCACUAGAGGGACUACAUGGUAAUAAUGUGAAGGUUUUGUAUGUAACAGAAAUAUUAAGACGCCCCAGAAACCUUGUUUGAGUGACACAAGAAACAUCUGUGAAAUAAUGAAUAAAACUUUCCUUAAGGUCCAAUAAAAAGUCUUUAAGAGACAUUUAAAACAGUUUUAUGUGUAUGGAGAGCCAGCAGGAAGCCAGCAGUCAUGUAUGUGAGUUUAAUAUGUUGAUGAAUGUAAAAAAUAAAGGAGUAUUGCACUAAAUGUUGUUGUCUUAAAGAAGAUAUUGGACACUAGAGCCUGACUGGAUUUUUAAACCGAUAAUAGGACAUUUUAAUGAAUGACUUAAUUUAUUGGCUGAUAAUGUUAUAUAAACAAAAUAUAUACAUAACCAAGAUAUGUAAUGGAGGCAUGAUAUUUUACAGCUUAAGAAUAAACUGAAUUUUCAUAUAAUGACA